AUGGUUAACAUUGAUCACAUUAUCAAAUAUAAAGGUUUCGACCACCUUUUCUACUACACAGGCCCAUGGGUAUGGUGGCUUCUCGGGAUUUACUUGUGUCUCCCUGUAAUUGCAUACAAGAUAUUACCCUAUUUUAACACGAAGGGAACCUACACAGGUAAGAAGAGAACAAUUUCUAUCUUCGUAUUGGGGGACAUAGGCCACUCACCUCGGAUGUGCUAUCACGCAAGAUCAUUUUCAAAACUUGACUAUUACGUCAAUUUGUCGGGGUACGUGGAGACUCAACCACCCGUGGAUUUACUCGAUGAUCCCAAUGUUGAAAUUCAUGAUAUUGAACCAAUUAAGAAUAAUUCAGAUUUACCUUACUUGUUAUUUGCAUUGCAAAAGUUACUUUUGCAAUUAUAUCAACUUUUUCAACUAUGCCUUGACUUCCGUGGAUCAGAUUUCAUCAUGAUACAAAAUCCUCCUUCGAUUCCAAUUCUAUUGGUUGCUAUAAUUGUGAUUAAGAUAUUCAGCAAGAAUACAAAAUUGAUUAUAGACUGGCACAAUCUCAAUUAUACAAUUAUGAACCUUCGUUAUAGAAAUUUGAGUCAUCCAGUGGUCAAAUUGAUUAAAUUUUACGAAAAAUUUCUUGGAAGGUUUGCAGACGUGAACAUCACCGUAACUGCACAAAUGAAGCAAUUUUUAGUUGAGGAGUUUGGUUUCAAAAGGAGCACAAUUUUGACUCUUCACGAUAGGCCCGCUGAACAGUUCGAACCUUUCGAGAAUUUGAAUAUCACGAAAGAAGAAGUAUUCAGAAAUCACGAAAUUUUUGGAGGAAUCGAUAAUAUCAGAGACUACAAAAUUUUGGUGACAGCAACUUCAUUUACUCCAGAUGAGGAUUUCAAUAUUUUGUUAGAUGCUUUGGUGAAGUAUGACUCAGAUGUUGCACUCAAAUUGCCUCCUAUUCUUUUGAUUGUUACUGGAAAGGGACCAUUAAAGCAACAAUUUUUGGCGAAAGCUCAAAAUCUUGGUUUCACCAAAAAUAUUGUGAUAAGGUCAGGUUGGUUGUCAUCAGAGGAUUAUCCAAUUAUUUUAUCAAUGGCAGAUCUUGCAGUUUCGUUACACACUUCCUCAAGUGGGAUUGACUUGCCAAUGAAAAUUGUUGAUUUCUUCGGGUGUGGAGUUCCAGUGGUCUCAUUGAAUUUUCCCGCUAUUGGAGAAUUGGUGAAAGACGGCAUCAAUGGAUUGGUGACAGGGGACAACGAAAAAAGUCUUGACCAAGCAGGGGAGAUCUAUAGAUUAAUUUCAAAGGCUUUCACUAAUCAAGACUUGUUGCGGACACUCAAAGAAGGGGCAUUGGUGGAGAGUAAACGAAGAUGGGAUGACAAUUGGAAAGAAGUUAUGGGCCAAAGAUUCGAGUAUGAGAGCUCUUGA